AUGCUAGACCUUAAGCCGCUGAGCAUUCUCCUAUUUGUAUUCGUGGCGCUUCUUUUGAAGACCAUAGUGAAGUCCGUUGGUAAGGCAAACAUAGAAAAUGCUGCCUGGAACUUGUACACGUCCAUAGCCAGUAAGGCUGGCCAUGCUCAGUUCUUGGAGCUUUCCAAGAGAAGGGCCGAGUUGGUGGAGAUCAACAAACAGAGGAAAGCUGUCAGUGCUCAGGACGAAUACGCCAAGUGGACAAAACUCAAUCGUCAGUUCGACAAGCUCAACGGCGAAGUUUCUAAUUUGACUGAUGCUGUUUCUGCCGAGAAGCUUAAGUUCACCAAAGCCAUAGGUGUUCUUAUAUCACUACUGACGGCUGCACCAGUCUGGUUUUCCAGAGUGUGGUACCGCAAGGCCAUCUUAUUCUAUUUCCCACCAGGCGUGUUCCCAUACUACGUGGAGUGGGUUUUGGCAUUGCCUUUUGUCACGAUCGGUGGUGUUGGCUUGACCAUCUGGAUGAUGGCUGUCAACUCUGUCUUGGGCUCCAUCGCCCUGAUUGUGCUGUUCUACCUUCUGCCACUGGUCGAAGCGCCAGUCAAACAAGAACCUAAGGAGGACUCUUCAGUCAAGGCCGAGUAG